GACGCGCUGUGCGCGGUGACGCAGCGGCUGUUGCCGGGGAACGCUGUGCCCUCCCGCGCCCUCCCCUCCCCGCGGAACCCAGAGCGAGGCUGAAGGGCCGCAGGAAGGACGGAAGGAAGGCAGGAAGGAAGGAGCCGGUGGAGGAGCCCUGCUGCCGCCGCCGCCGCCGGCCAUGGUGCUCGUCAAGGAAUACCGCGUCGUUUUGCCCGUCUCCGUGGAAGAGUAUCAGGUGGGGCAGCUCUACUCUGUGGCUGAGGCUAGCAAGAAUGAGACCGGAGGCGGUGAAGGGGUGGAAGUCCUGGUGAAUGAGCCCUACGAGCGCGACGGGGAACAGGGCCAGUACACGCACAAGAUCUACCACUUGCAGAGCAAAGUGCCCCCCUUUGUGAAAAUGCUGGCCCCGGAGGGAGCGCUGAACAUUCACGAGAAAGCCUGGAACGCCUACCCUUAUUGCCGGACGGUUAUCACAAAUGAAUACAUGAAAGAUGAUUUUUUGAUCAAAAUUGAAACCUGGCACAAAGCAGAUCUCGGGAUGCAAGAGAAUGUACAUAAACUGGAGCCCAACGAAUGGAAGAACGUAGAAGCCAUCUAUAUCGACAUCGCAGACCGGAGCCAAGUGCUUUCAAGGGAUUACAAGCCGGAAGAAGACCCCUCAAAGUUCAAAUCGGUCAAGACGGGACGUGGCCCCCUGGGCCCCAACUGGAAGAAGGAGCUGGGCAAGCAGUCCGAGUGCCCCUACAUGUGCGCCUACAAGUUGGUGACGGUCAAGUUCAAGUGGUGGGGGCUGCAGAACAAAGUGGAGAGCUUCAUCCAGAAGCAAGAAAGGCGUCUUUUUACAAACUUUCACCGGCAAUUGUUCUGCUGGCUUGAUAAAUGGGUUGACCUGUCGAUGGAGGACAUUCGCAGGAUGGAGGAUGAGACCAAGAGGCAGCUGGAUGAGAUGAGAGAAAAGGACCCCUUGAAAGGAACGUCGGCUGCUGAUGAUUAGCAUGGAUUCCUUUGUGCAUGUUUGCAAAACAGCCAGCAGGAAGGCCCAGAAGCACCACCUUCUUGACCAACGGACCAUCUCUGGAUCAAGUCCUCCUGUCUCCAGCCAGCAGGCGACUCCAGCCUCCCCUAGCUAACUCUAGUUGCCCUUAAUCUCGCCAGCCGACUGACCGACCGACCGGCCGUCCUCAGGUCCUGAGCGCUGGCCUGGGAAGCGGGAGGGGCUCCCUCCGGGGGUGGGGCAGACGGCGGCGGCUGCGCCAGUGACUUUGCCACCUUCCCCAAAGGGGGUCCCGCCCGAUCCCUGCGGGGCUCUCUUUGCUUUCCACGUGGCAGUUUUAGUUGACAUAGUCUUGUGAUGUGGUGAUUUAGGUUUCAUAUCUGUGUAUAUAUUUUUCCUUCCUUUUGAACACUGGGAUAAACGGCUGCCUUUGUUUCUCUCCAGCUCUUCACUUUUCUGUUGUCCAUCUGUGGAGAGGGGAACUCAGUAUUAGGGUGCAGUGGGUGAUACUCCUUGGCGGUGGCAAGGGCUGCCCUUGCUGCCGACAGAGGGUUUUUGGCGCCCCCCCGGCCUGGGUUGCCUCCGCCAGCUCCCCCCACCUUCCUUGCCAUGGGCCAGCCAAGGCCCCUCCAGGCCCAGGGUUGCCUUGCGUGUUUAACUGGGCAGCUGGGCCAGGGCUGUAGGAAUCGGGCAGAGGUGUGCGCAGAGCUCCUGAGUGCUCUUGCUCUGUCUCAGGGCUGGUUGUGCUGGAGACAAUCAUAUGAGCGGGAUGGAUGGAUGGAUGAGGGGGCCAGCCCUUCCUGGCUCUGGGGUCCCUGCAAUGUGGUGGCAUUGGCAGGGCCCCCUGCCCUUCCUCCAGGGCGCAUGCAAACCUUGCAGCCGCUAGGAGGGGAGAGGGGCAGCUCUGCUGGGGAAGGAGGCCCGUCUUCUCCCUGCAGCCCUCCUGCUGCCUCCGCUCCUUUGCCUUAUUGAGGUCCAAGUGCAAUAAGCAGACGUGCUUUCUCCGGCCGCUCUCCCUUGGCAGACCCUGGGAGAGAGGCUCCCUUGUCCUUUGGGGGGACGCUGGGGCCGAAAGGAGGGAGGCUGAGCCCUGCAGGGGGAGAAGGAAGGUGCCCAGAGCCCCCAAGGCCUCCGGCUAAUCUCUGGCCCCGUAACAGGCUGAGAGUUGGGAUUAGUGCGCAGAGUGUUGUUGUUCUUGUGGUUAUGAAAUGUAAGAGGAUUCCUCUGCCUGAAUGCGCUACUGUUCCCCCGGCUGUUCUUAUAUCACCAUCGCUGCUCCUGUUCCCGCUGCUGCUGCUGGUUAAAGCCUUGUGUUUUGAGCCCUGCUGCCGCACAUCUCUAUGGAAACAAAGGGGGGCGUUUUAAGCAGGAGGCAAAGCUGCUCUUAAGGCGCAAAGCUUUCCUGCUCAACGGAGCCCCUGUCCCUCUGGGCGCCUUUUGUCCUGCUUUGCUUUGCGGCCCAGUUCCCCCAGAGCCCUCCCGGCAGCCUCCUCCUCCCUCUCCGGCCCUCGGAGGGGGCUUGGGCCGGUGCCCUGCUCCUGCUGCCCUUCUCCUCCUCCUCGUUUCCUUCAUGUGGGUUUGUGCCUUUCUUUCUUUGUCUCCCGAUCUUCCAAUACAGGCCUAUUGGAAACAACUCUAAUAAAAUCAUAGACGAGC